AUGAAACUCAGCCUAAUUAUGCUGGCAACAAUAGUGUGGUUUGUCAUUUUAUCCACAGUGUGUCUCUUGACGGACUGUAAAGGGCUCAAGGGCGAGGUCAGAGUAGACGUAACCGAUAACUAUGCAGUGUAUGGAAAAAAGUACGAGGUGGAAUUGAUCUCUGGGGAGAAGAGAGAGGUGCGAGAGUUUCUGGGAAUCCCCUUUGCCAAGCCACCCACCGACGCACUUCGUUUUGCCCCACCGCAACCCCUUGAUGAGCAAAGUGGAAGCCUUCAGGCAGUACGGAUGCCAAACGCCUGUUGGCAACAGGACCUGAACGAACUAGAGCCCCAGUAUCCCAGGGCGCGCAUGCUGUAUCCCAAUACAGAAAUGUCAGAGGACUGUCUCUACUUGAACGUUUGGACACCAGCCGUGCAUGAAAAACGCUUGCCUGUCAUGUCAUGGAUCCACGGAGACCUCUUUGACAGUGGAUCAGCAACACUGAAUCUGCAUAAUGGACGCUUCCUCGCUGGCAGGGAGAACGUGGUGGUAGUUUCAAUGCAGUACAGACUGGGCGCACUGGGAUUUCUCUGUCUGAAUGCUAGCCAGACUGGUGGAAGUCGUUUGGCGGCAUGUAAUAUGGGCCUGCUGGAUCAACAAAUGGCACUGCAAUGGGUGAAUAAGAAUAUUCGAGCAUUUGGAGGGGAUGCUGGCCAAGUGACGCUCUUCGGCGGGUCAGCCGGUGGCGCAAGUGUUGGCUUGCACUACCUGUCCCCCGGUUCGAGACCCUUGUUUUCACGGAUGAUUAUGCAAAGCGCCAGCGUGUUCAAUCGGUGGGCUCUGGUUGCACCAAGUGUGGCGCAGGAGUUAUCUGCUGCGGUAGGUAGAGAAUACUUGACGCAUCUCUCCCCAGAUUUCUAAUGCUAGUUUCUCCUUAAACUGAUAGUGUUUAUUCCCCUGACUCAAUUAUGAAAGAAGUCAGCGACCUCAGCAGGGUUCGAAUCCACGACAGCAGGUGCGAGGCUUGUGCACAACCAACGCUUUAAGCACAUGAAUUACCAAGUCCCCAUCGGGAUAAUUGUGUUUAUUGAUUUUUGGUUCAAGUUAACUGGUCAACCUUCCCCACAUAUGGAACCCUCCAAAUCUGGUCCAUUAAGCUGAUUGUCAAACUAGGAUUUUCUGAACAAUAAAUGCAGAACACAUGGGAUAACCACUGAGGGUUUUGUCAGAUGAGUUUUUGAAACGCCUUCAUGGAGGAUAAUUGGUUUCAAAUUCUAAAUGAACGAUGGUCUUCUUCCGCCACCGGUGACGCUGUACCGAAAAUAAUUUUAGGUUAAAGUAUAAACAUUUGUAUUUUCAGUGGUCUAAUAUAGCAGAAACAGGUCAUUUCCCUUUGGAAUAAUCUCUCCUUAUGUAUCCAAUCUGCGUACAUCAUCAGUCUUGUUGAAUCUUUCAGUUUUCUAAAUCGUUCGGAUGUCUAGUUGAAGGGAAGAAAUCGGUCGACGAGCAGGUAGCCUGCCUCCAAAAAAUCAACCCUUCAAUAUCGUAUAUGGUAACUCAAAUGUAUACGAGGCAUUGGGAAGGCGACGCGCAGAACGCCUGGCCAAACUCUACCCUUCAGCGGAGCCGUCAGCUUACCUGAACUCAGGACUAUAUCCCUCGACCGAAUUCGCGCCUACGGUCGAUGGCUCAUUCCUCCCAGAAUGUCCGGAAAGCAUUCUUUCGCAAAUAGCCAAAAAUCCGACAGAAACCUCACCACCAAGCCUGUUGAUAGGUACAAACGCUAAAGAGGGACUGCUUUGGCUUCUCAAAGGUCUGGAGCUGAAGGGUGUACAGUUUCUUAAUAAUGAUGGCACGGUCUCCCUGCCAGAUGAGGAGACAUUUCAAGAAGCAAACUUUGACAUCUAUCGCAUGCUGACAUCAAAUUUUACAAGUGAACAAAAUCUCGAACACCCAUUCACAACCGUCAUGAGCACCGUGUAUGGAUUCACGAGUCCCGGUCUUCGUGAAGUCACGGGUUACGACACCGGAUUGCGGGACUUUGUCGUGGAGGAUGCGACCGGCUUCAUGAGUCAGAUGGAUGUUCUUGUCGGCGACAUCGAAGUGACCUGCGGAGCACUACAAUUUGCCCAACGCGUUGCCCAGCUGCCCAAUGCGAUUGUUUAUGUCUACAAUUUUGUACACAAAACUCAAAAUAACGGCUUUCCUGACUGGACUGGUGCUAUGCACGGCCAGGAAGUAGAUUACGUGUUUGGUAUGCCGUUUUCGCAGUCAUUUAAGAGUAAUUUCCACGACUACACUAAAGAGGAGGCAGGACUGAGUGAAGUCGUCAUGAGGUAUUGGGCCAACUUUGCGCGAACUGGGUGAGUUUCCAAGUACGAGGCGAAGACCUGGGGAAAUUUUUUGGGAAGGCAAUCUCACAAAUGCACCUUUGCUACUUUCAGAAACCCGACACAGAAUGAAGAUGGAAGCAGAAUGAGUCCUAACUGGCCCGAGUAUGACGUGGAAUCGGGAAAAUACAUGGAAAUCGGGCUGAAACGGAUGGUCAAGGCUCAUUAUCGUAGGGAAAAGUGCAAUUUUUGGAAUCUCAUUUUCCCCUCCCUAACCCGUGGUCAUUUGAUUAAAACGGGCAAGGGCAUCCCACCGGAAAUAUGCCCGAAUAUGCAACCAUACUUAUAUGAGCGUCGGUCUCUCCUUGAUUUUGUAGAGGUGGAUCCUCCCAUAGUUUCAUUUGGAGAGGAGUGA